UCUGUGGUCUCGGAUAGUUCCUUAAAUAGAGAUAAUGGGGUAACAUUGUUUUCGAAUUACUGUGUGAGAAGAGUAUGUACUUAAGUUACACACCUUUGAUAUAGCUGAUUCGAUUCUUACUAACAAGCCAAAAAUCUUGUACUAUCGGUAACAUCGAGCGCGACACCAAAAUGAUACAAUGGUCUUGAUGACCCCUGAAAGCCCUAGACAAAAAUUCCUAUAAGCUGCAACCGUUGCAGUAUGUACAACAUCUGCCCUUACGUAUCUUAAGUUUGUGCUAGGUAACCUGUUCUAUCUCGUCCAUGCUUGAACAGAAAGUGUUUACAUGGGUGCGUGAUUUGAGAAAUAAAAAUCGAUUCCUUGAUCUGAAGGUGUAAAAAUGCAAUAAAAAAUAAAAUGUAAAAAUUCUAUCAUAUUAUAAAGUGUAUCUUGAUUAGUACACACUAUGGUAUCGUAUCCAUCAAUUAAUUUAGUGGAUUUAAUUAUUGAUGAGGUUGCCUUAGAAGGUUUAGAUGGUAUUACUCUACAAGCAUUAUGGUUACGUUUAGCACAAGGUCUUAACAAUUCUUUUCCACUUCCUAAGCCAUUAAUGAUUCAAAUAUGGUCAAUAUGCAUAGAGAUCAGAGAAUUUGAAUUUUAUGAAUUAAAAACUGCAAGAGAACCGCUUGUUAUUUAUGAUCGAUAUGAAUUUGUAGAUCCUGAUUUAGGUAUCAUACUAGAACCUGACAACGUGCCACCAGACAUUUAUCCACAUUGUCCAAUAAAUGAUGUACCUAAAGGCAUUAAAGGAUCUUGUUCAACAUAUUAUACUCGUAAACUGAUAACAGAAAAUAUAAGAAUGCUUAGUUUAGAUGAGGUUACAGAAAAAUAUGGAAAUAAAUUAGUUAUAGUUGCAUCGCAGACUGAAAGAAAUCAUGCUUUAAUGGGAGGUGAAGUGUCUCCUAUGAUUGACUUGAAUGUAAUACAAUAUUGUUUCCUUGAAAGAGUAGGCAGAUCACGGUAUCAUGGUGAAGUUACUCAGGGAAAACUUAGCCUUAAUGCAUUGAGAGAAGAUCCUAAGAGUUUAUUUUAUCAUCGAAAAUUGUUGUUACGUCAUAAAUUAAUAACAAAACAAAUACAUCAUCAAAAAAGUGGUGGUCACAGUUGUAAUGGAAGUCUUUUACAUCUUACGAGAUUCUUUGUCGAGAGAAAACCGAAAGCAAUUUUUUUAGCUGAAGAGGUUAUUAAAAUUUUACAAUCGAAACCCAAUUGCGUUGCCGAGUACGAUGAAAUUAAACGCAAAUUACGGAUUGAAAAUCCAAUAAGGAAACUAUUUAAAACUACAUUUUUUCAAAAAAUUGUGAAAACAGAUAUCAGAGUACCCUAUAGAACUUUAUAUCCAAACGCACAACCUACAGAAUGGCAACAGAAAAAUAACCCAUCUAAAGAAAAAAAAAUUAAAGUCGUACAGUUAUUACAGCCCACUAUUGAUGUUGUUGAAGCAUGGAAAGAUGACAUACAAGAAGAGGAUGAAUUGCAUGAAUUAAAUAUCUCAAAUCAUAAGUAUUGUGUACCUUAUUUGAAGCAAGCCAAUGAUAUAAUUGAAUCUACUGGGAGCAAUGGCUUAUGUCAAGGAGAAUUAGGUAAAAUGAUGGGUCUAACUAAACUACAAUCACGGACUAUUUUAAGAAAUUUAGUUAAACAAAAUAUUGUUGCAACUUAUAUGAAUGAUAUCGGUAGACAAAGACUUACAAAAUAUGUAUCAAAAAGAUUUGAAAAAGGUAGUAUGUUGAGUAAACAGUUUAAUAUAGAAAUGCAUAAAAUAAAAGAACUUACAAAACAAAUGACUGAAAAUGAUGAUUCUAACAAAAGUGUAUCUAUGAAACAAGAAAAGGAAGAGCCUGCAAUCGAUGAGAAAGAAAAAAAAGCUGUAGAAGUGUCUGAAUGUGUUACGAUCAGUGAAAACAAUGAAAAUAUUUGUCUCGAAACAACAGAAGAACCAACUACAUCACAAUCAGUAAUACAAGAAACCUUUUAUGUUGUGAAUCGAAUAUUAUAUAAAUAUCGCAUAACAAAACGGGCAAAUAAAUAUAAACGUACCUUUCUUAAUUAUAAAAAUAAUAUACAAGCCAAAGAGGAGAAGACAGAUUCCAAUGUAUUAUCUGAAAUUACUGAUUUAUCAAAGAAUGAAAAAGCAGUAGCUGCAUAUAAAAAUAUAAAAGUUGAUUUGACAAUUUUAUCAUCCUUAAAGGCACGCAAAUCAGAAAAUGAAGGAUUCAUGGAGAAUGUACAACAUAGUGAAAAAAAAAGUUCAAAGCAUUUACCACAUAUUACUUAUAGAUUACUGCGAAGAGCUAAUAUGAUUAUAGAAUCAGUUAAAGAACAUCAAGUUAUUGACGACAUGACUAAGUUAAUGAAGAUGAUUCACGAAGAAGAAGAUAAAGAAGGGUAUGAUGUGAAAAUUGAUAAAAAAUCCUUGAUAAGAUUGUUACAAAAACUUGCAAAAGACAAUGUGGUAAAAAAUAUAAAAAUAACACUCAGUGGAAAUGGUAAAGAAAAAACUUUGAUAUUUAUAUGCGACCCAAAUAUUGACACUGAGAGUACUGUUAUUCAAUCAGCUGUGGAACAAGCAAAAUUGAAAUUUUAUUUAUUACUAUCACAUAAAACUAAGUCACCUGCAAAGAAAUAUACAGAAAAAGCAGAAUGUAUUAAAAGUAAUAAUAGUAAAGAUGUAUUAAACAAACCUGAAGAUAAGCCUUUGUUGAAACAAUUUAAAGCUCUAUCUGAAAACUAUAGAUGUGGUCCUAGAGGAUCAAAAAAAUAUGGAUAUAGUCCAAAAUUUAUACGUAUGCAAGCAUUGCAUACGGUUUUGUUCUAUUUAGUUUAUGAACAUCCUGGUGAACCAAGAACUUCAAGAAAGGAACAAGUACAAGCUCUACGUAACAAUGGUUUUAGUAUAACGGAUGAACUGGCAGAAGAAUUUACUACGAUUUAUACCACAGAUGUUAAUUGGAAAAUGUUUAUACCACCUUUACCCAAAUAUACUGGUUGGCCUGAAGGGUGGACAUUAAUGUGUGAUGUUCUAUUGCGCCUACCACUGUCUAUAUUCGUAAAACUUCAUUUUGUCUCAUUUGUUAUACCAGAAUUAGAUGAAUAUAUAAACCAUCCUAUUCGAAAGCAUUAUUUAGUUAGAGAGUUACCACCAGAGGUUCGGAAUUCUUUACUGUAUGCCCGCAAGUAUAUUUUUAACAUUCAUGAAACAAUGACAAGAUUAUGUUACAUUGGCUUAAUACAAUUUGGGCCUCAAAAAUUAAAGGAAAAAGACCAAGUAUUUAUUUACGUGAAUCGUCGUACAGAACUUAUGGAUACAACUUCUUCUGCUCCUGGUUAUCAUAUAAUUGAGGACAAGUCAUAUCCAAUAUAUAAAUAUAGUUUCGAUGAGUUGUCGGUAGUUGAAAAAUAUUGGUACGAUAUGUGGAAUACAUGUAUUAGUACACCACUAGGUGGUCGACUUGUUGUUCAAGGGAAGGAUAUAGUACUAGAAGACUUAAAUAAGAAAACUGCAAUGAUUCAAGCAGCAGUAGCUCGUUCUCCAGAAGAAGCGGUAAAAUUAGAUACUGGACAAGUGCCUGGUGAUCAUAAAGGAGCUGCAGGAAUAGAUUCAGCAUGUUUCGCGCAUCUCAAAAGAAACUGGAACUGGGGUAUUAGUAAUAACACUCAGCAAACAAAAAAACAACAGAACGUAGAAUAUGAAAGAGAUACCUAUCUUUCGAAAAUAAAAGCAAAACCUCUGAAAUUCACAGAAUUUUCUGGUUUGAAGAGAGUGUCUGGUCCUCCGUCUGUUAAUGCAACUGAAUUGAGGAAGAAAGUGCAAACAAAAACUGACGGAAACACAAAUCAACAAAAAAAAUAUGAAGCACUGACAUGUUGUCGAAAUGCGAAACAGAAAUCUUACGUAAGGAGAGUACUACCGCGUAAAUGUUCUAACAGAAAACGAACGAAGUAUGACGAAAUUGAUUAUCGUGCAUUGCAACGAAUGCAUAAGUUACGAGUAGAUUGGGAUCCAUAUGAGGAUAAGAUUUUGCUUAUUUGUAAGGUAGCCAUGGUAUACUUGUGUCCAAAUCCACGAAAACAAGUGAUAACAUUUUCUAUGGUGAGGGACGUUCUACGAACGUACUCGCACAUUUCAUAUAAUAAAACAUCGAGAGCUUGUCAACGACGAUUGUUGUAUAUGCUUAGACAACAACAAAAUGUAAAUAUCGUUGCCUUAGGAGUUGAAGAGAUUAAACAGAAUUUUUUUAUUAGGACACGUUUCGAUAAUAUCAUGGAUAGGCUCAAAGAAGAACAUAAGAAUUUUUAUGAGUUUGACACACAAGUUGCAGAAGUGUUCAAAUCAUUAGUUUCUUACAUCAUUAAGAAAUACUACGAUAUUUCAGAUGUUGAAGCAAAGGACCCCCUUCCUAUGCCAGCAACUGCUCAAGAAUUUAAUGUGUUUUAUAAAGUGGUACAUCCUACAAAACCAUUUGGCAAUCGUGGCUUUACGAAAGAUGUUCGAAAUAUUAAUGAUAUAAAUUCUGCAGUCAUUAAUUCUGUCAUUCACAGUUCUAUGUGUUGUGGAAAAGAUAGAAGAUCUUGGGCAUAUCAGCUAUUUAAAGUGUACCAGCAAUAUCCAGAGAUGCUGCUACGUAACGCUAUGGCAAAAAUUCGAAGUGAUCAAUUGGUUACAGUUAAAAAAAGUCAAUUACCUACAAUAAGAAAAUAUGGUAAUUAUAUGCCUAUGAGUAGUUCUCAAUAUCAGCUAAGUAGUAAUUACAUAUAUAAAUUUCAUACCAAAUGGCCGUACGAUAUUUUUAAAGAAUCGUAUGAUGUUUUCUUUAAACUUAGUAACUGGUAUCAUCAAAUUCAAUUAAAUAAGGAGAAUGACAUGCUAGAAAAUAGCAUAGGUGUUGAAGUGUCACCAGUAACUGGUGGAGUAAUAGCAGCAAUACAUGAUUAUAUUACAAGAGACCAAAUAGAUUUUGACAUUGAAGUACCCGAUCAAGUGAUAAUGCUUGAUCCAAGAUUACAAGAAAAAGAUGAGACAUACUUUAGAAUUGCUAAAAGGUAUCAAGACGUCUUAGCAAGCUUAGACAAUUUGAAAUAUAUAAAAGAAUCUUCUUCUCAAAAUAGUGGUGUAAUAACUAAUCUUGGACAGAAUAAAGAACGAUGUAAGUGCUUUAAUUCUGAUAUUUUAAACGUUAACGAUGUUAAUUUUCAUGGUAUCGAUUCAAAAUCACAGAAAGAUGUCUUCUUAGAUAUGGAUGCUGAAAAAAAUUUACUGUCACAAGAAUACGACGUUGAAGAAAGGAAUUUUGAAGAUGCUAAGAGCUUCGCUGACUAUGAUGAUUUGAACUUUAAUAGCGACGACGAAAACUCUUGUAAUGCAGCUGAUGAUAAUACAAUCAAAUUUCAAGAUGGUACCAAAAUUGUAUUAAAUAAAGAAGAUAUUGAGCGUUCAACAGCUUGCGAUGAGGAUGCAGCAAUGGAAAUAGAAGAAGAUAAUAAUCUUAAACUUCCCAACGAAGAACAACUGUUACACUAUAAUGAAGGUAAUAGUGUAACAAAUAUGGAAAAUUUAGUUCCUUCUCAUUUGAGUUCAAAAUCAAAAACAGAUAUUCAAAAACAGAUAAUUACCUGUGGAAAUAAGAGAUGUAGUAACAAAGAUGAAUCUGAUGUAGAUGAACCAAAAAAGAAAAGGUUAAAAUCAGAUGAUGAAGUGGUGAAUUGUGAAACAAAGACAAAGAAGGAUGUAAGUGAGUUACCAAAUAAUGAUAAUAUUUCAAUAAAAUUAUCAGAUCAAAUACAAAACAAUGAUUCAAAUAAAACUUCUAUCCAUGAAGUUGAUAAUUAUAAUGGUAUGAAACAAAUAACUGAUAGUACUAAUCCUAGUGAACAAACUGCUUUAAAUAUAAAAAAUGAAAUUACUAUUCCAUUAAGGAAGAUAAAUGAACAAACAUUCACACGUGUUAGCGACAUUUUGAAAAGUGUACCUUCCGAACAGUGUUAUCUGCAUCAAUAUUGUAAAAUUGAUGAUUCAGGCGAUAUGCACAAACGAUAUACUCGUUUAGCUUUGUUGAGAAUGCGAGAGGAAUUAAGUGAACUCACUGUGGCUGACAGUCAUCAUGCUCAUGAAUAUUUUGUUGUAAAUAUGUUCAAAGUUUUUUAUUCAUUAAAUGCACCAAAUUCGCAAGGUUCAAUAGCAUAUGAAAUUUUUAGAAAUUUUCCGAUACCUUCAGAAUUGUUACCUUUAAAAUUAGAAGCUGCAAGUAGUUUAAUUCGUGAGCUGAACGAAUAUGCUGUUUUUCCUAAAGAUGGAAUUUCAUAUUCUGAUCUUAAGAAAAAUCUUUCUGAAGAGUUUCCCUUAUGCUUGAGUGAUAUAGAAGCAGUUUAUAAAUUUGUACGUGAUAAAAAAGAACUUGGGGCUACUAUCCCAGAAUUGACAGAUCAAUUUAUAAAUACCUUAGGAGAAAAUUUAUUUCAUAUUCUUUCAUUCCUCGUCAAACAUCAUUUGUUUUUGCGAUCUGGGGUAACAACUGUUCGAUGUAUACACCAUCGUUAUGCGGAUUCGUGGUUAAUACAUUCAUAUAAAAUUUGUCGUCUUGAAAAGGAGUCCCUUGUUCCCCUGCCCAAGAAAACAGUGUACGUGACAGAACCUGAGAUAAUAAUAACUGAAGGUGGCAAUGACGUAAAUACGAUUGAAAAAUCUAAUGAGAAUCCUAGCGUUUCAUCAGAAAAAGUAACACCCAACACUGCUGGUGGGAAUCUUGAAUGUUCUACUCAAUCGGAAAUAAAGAAUCAAGAAAAUGAAGAUUCUGAUAAGGAAUUAUCUGAUCAUAGUGAUGAAGAAUACAAUACACAAGUAAAAAAAAGAAUGCAGAGAAAAAGAACAGGUUUAUUGCCACAAAGGGACAUAUCUAGGGCUGUGAAACAGUUAGACCUUACGACAAAAGAAGAAAUACGUGUUGCCAUAAAACCGUGGAUUCGGAUAGAUGGAGUUUUGAAUCGUAGAGUGUUAGAUCGCAUGUUGGGUGCAGUAUUAUCAUACUGUUUGACGCAUCCGGGUAUAGCACUAACAAAAGUGCAAACUAGAUUUCUCCCCGCUUUACAACCGUGUCAUACACGUGAAUUAGUUGAGAUUUUAGUGAAGUUGGAAUGUUUGGAGAGGAUAAUAUUAAAAAAACCACGCGUAACUUUGUUUUCGAAACCAUCACCGAUUGAACCAAAGACUGUAAACAAUGAUUGGAAUACUGAAGAAGAAAUUUUCCUUGAACCUGCUACAGGAGCAAUGUUAAAGUUCGGAAUUUUUUUGAGCACUAAGAUGUAUAAUUCCGAUUAUAUUAAAUAAGGGACAUAAAGAGAACUGUUAAAUUUUAUAAAAAUAGACACAUUUACAUUUAUAUAAACUGACAUCAAUCAAUUUGUAUAUUUAACAAUUAGAUUUAUAAUUACAGAGCAUGUAAAAAGGUACUUAAAAUUAUGUUACAUUAGCAUUAGUUAGUCAGUUGAGUUACUGUGUCAUAAUUUUUAUAUUUUCUUUUCUCUUUUAAUAUGUAAGAUAAAUUUGUUUUUAUACAAUAUAUUAUUCAGUUGUUUUUUGUUUUAUAUGAUUGUUGUUAUAUUGAUAUUAAAAUCCAUCGCUUCUUUAUAUAAAAUAAUAUA